AUGAGCGCAGAAUUGGCCAACAUGUGCAAGGCUAUCAACAAUGCCAGUAGAGCAGGAAAGAGACAGCUCCUCCUGAAGUUCUCAACAGAGGAGAUGCGUAUGUUUCUUCUCCAGAUGCUGAAGUACGGCUAUAUCUCAGGGUUUUCCUAUAUACAUGACAAAAGAAGUGGAAAGAGCAUUAUCGACCUGAACGGCAGGCUUAACAGAUGCGGAGCUAUUUCUCCUAACUACAUCGUUAAGCGAGAUGGGAUUGAGAACUUCAGAGAGAGGCUUCUUCCUGCUAGACAGUUCGGACAUGUCCUGUUCAAUACAUCCAAAGGUAUCCUCGACCACAAGGAAUGUCUGACAGAAAAUGUUGGAGGAAGAAUCCUUGGAUACUUCUAUUAA